AUGCAGUGUCUGCCACAAUGGAGAGUCAAUUACAAGCAAGGCCUUUGUCAGUUGAAAUCAUGCAUAGAAGCUUCCCAGCACAUGGUGGUUCUUGCUUUCAAUGCUGUCAAUCCUUUACUGAAUGAAGAACAAAUGCCGUAUUCAAAAGGAACUAUCGCACCGGUCUUUGAGGCAGUGGGAAGCCAUAUGGGGAUUCUUGGAAAGCCAGAGCUAAAACAGAUGUUUAACAAAACUUCAGAUAUUGUUUUUGCUGACGCACACAAAAAGCGUACAGGAGAAGGUGUCGUUGAGUUCAGAACUCAUAAAGACAUGAUGAAAGCCUGCAAAACUCAUAAUGGAAUGGAAAUCAAUGGCAAGGCUAUCAAGCUAGAAAUUGAGGAACAUAGAAGACGCGGUUCCCGCUCACGUUCGCGCUCAAAUUCAAAAGACAGAUCUCGGGGAAGAAAAAGGUCGAGAUCAAGCGAGGGGAAAGCAACAAAAAAAAGGCGAACGAAAAAGAAGCAAGAAGCCUCUGAAGAAUCCAGUUCUUAUUCUUCCUCAUCCGAGAGUGAUUCAGAUUCAGAAUCAAGAUCGCCGUCUCCAAAGAAGAAGUCAAAGAAAAAGAAGAAGAAGAAGGAGACAAAAAAAACCAAAAAGCGCACGAAGAAGAAGGAUUCAGAUUCGAGCUACUCCAGCUCUUCUUCUGCUUCAGAGUCGGAUUCUGAUUCACCAGCUAGGAAGAAAUCAACUAAGAAAACAAAGAGCAAGAAAAAGAAUAGAUCUCAAAAGUCUAGGUCAAGCUCGGAUUCAGAUAAUGAAGGUUCAGUCCAAAGAGAUAAGUCAGCCUCGUCUGGACGGGAGGCAUCAGCCUCUCCUGCCAGAGAAGGAUCGCAGUCUCCUUCCAAAGAGCGCGCUCCAUCAUCUGAACGAGGGGGUUCUGCGUCACCGGAUCGCAUAUCUAAAGAAUCAGACCGUGAAGCAACACCAGUCUCUGGGAAGGAGCAAUCUCCUGACAGAGACGGAUCCCCUUCACCUCAAGCGUCUCCACAAAAUAAUGAAAAGAUAGAGAAUGAAGGUAUCAUUGCGAGUCAUUUUGAUGUUUGUGAGCUAAAAGAUAAAUCACCUUCAGAUGAAGCCAUGGAAGAGAACGAGGAAAAGGAAGGUUCAGGAGAAGAAAACACAGCGAACGUUGAGGAAGAAGAAGAUCUUCCCAAAGGCCGCAAAAGCAGGCGCACAGAGUCAAAGUCACCUGAAAGGGAUGCAAGAAAGAAGUCAAAAGAUAGAAAGGGAGAAUCAAGGGAGAGUGGGAGUUCAAGAAAGACAAGAGGAAAGAAUAUAGAUGGAGACGACUCGAGAAGUAAAGAAAAAGCUGAAAGCAAGCGUGAAAAUAAAGAAAGAAAAGGCGAAGAUGUAGUAAAGUCCGAAGAUAGAAGUAAAGAAGAAAAAAAGAAGGAUAAAGACCACAGGAGAAGUGGAGGGCCUGUGAAGCUUAAAAGAGCAAAGGAUAGUCAUCGUAAGUCACCAGAGAGGAAGGAAGAAACUUCAAAUCAGGAAGAAAGUAAAGAUGAGGUGAAAAUUCCGGAUGAAGAAGUAGAUGAGAAAGUUGAAACAGAGAAAGGUGGCAAGGCAACGCAUAAGGAAAAGAAAAGUGCAGAAAAAUCAAAGGGAAAAGGGAAAGAUUCAGAUAGGUCAAGGAGAAGCAGUGAUAAGAGAAAGAAAACAGAAGAAGAUGCCGAGGAAAGUAAAGAAGAUGAUUCAAGAAAAGAAGAUGGACAGGUUGAACAACAGGAAAAAGAAGAAUUGAACAAGGAAGAAGUUGAUAGGGGCGAGAAAA